AUGUCGGACGACGAGUUUUCCAUCGAUGGUCCGUCCGGCCUAGCCGCCUCGUCCGAUCGCGACAAGCGUGCUCCGCGCUUCAGCUGGACCCCAGCCUACGAGGCUACCUUCUUUCGCGCCCUCUGCGAGGCUGUCCAGCUCGGCCUGCGCGAGAAUCACAGCUUCAAGGCGGAGGCCUGGGAUCGCGCUGCCGCCGCUCUGCAGGAGAAGCACGCCGCCUAUCCGACUAAGAAUCACCUUGUCAACAAGUCCGAUAACGCGCGGAAGAAGUUUCGUCUAUGGAGAGGCUUGCGCGAAGACCCCGAGUUCCUAUACAAUCCUAAUACGCGAACUGUCACGGCGACCGAGGAAGCCUGGAGGUCACAUAUCGAGAAAGAGCCUCUGUCGCGCGCUUUGCGCGGGCGCUCAUUUGAGCACGAGGAGUUUAUGGAGAUUUUAUACCCCGACGUCAUUGGAUCGGGCGGCGCACCGAAGCGCAUCAUGAAGCCCAAGCGGAAAGGCCCAGACGUCAUCCAGGGUCCCGACGAUGGCAUCGAGAUGCCCGGCACCGGCGUGCUCGACUUGCAAGUCGACUCGCCAUAUCGCCCUCCCUCGCAACCCGCCAUGCCCCAGCAGCCUCGAUCGUCGAUGGGCCAGCCGUCCCCUGUCGUCCAUCAUCAAAUGUCCAUGCCCCAGCAGCAGCAGCAGCAACAGGCCCAACAGCAAGCCCAACAACAGCAGCAAGCUCAGCAGCAAGCGCAGCAGCAAGCGCAACGUCCGACAUCCACCGCCAUCCCCCCUCGUAACCACAUUGCGGGAACCAGCGCCCUCACACCACCUGAAGAGACGGCUGUUGGUCGUAGGAGAUUCCCCGGCAACCACGCAGCCCAACAACCACCCGCCGGCGAAGCCAACAAGGCUCCGGCAGCUCCCAUGGGCCCACCCACGACGAUCGGCACCGGCCAGCCCCCCGAGAAGCGACGUCGCAUCUCGAGUUAUUCCAGCGCCAGCGUCUCAACACCAGGAAGCUCCGCGAAUGCCGCCUCGGCCCCGGCCCCGGCCUUCACGACGCAGAGCGACGCCAUCACUGCCUCCAUGGCAGCUGCCGGAAAGCAGCUCAUGGAGGAUGGCCUGCUGCGCAUCGCCGAGGCGCUCAAGGCCCGCUCACCGCCGCGCUGGCCCGAGCAGGCCAUGGACAUCUUCUUCCGCGACUUUGCCGACGAAGACAUGGACCUUCAGCUUAAGAUUGCCGAGAAGGCCCUCGCCGACGAGAACAAGGCCAUGGUUUUCUGCAAGAUGCCCGCUACGUUGCGGAAGCACUGGGUCAAGCGCCUGCGCGAGGUGCACAACAACCGGGUGACCUAG